AUAGUCAUCCCGGGGCUGAGGUCUGACAGCAGGUAGAAGAGGCAGCCACUGCGCGUGGAGAGCCUUCCUGAGGGGAUGCCCCGCGCCUUCCUGGUCAGGAGUCGGCGUCCACAGCCACCCAACUGGGGCCACCUGCCUGACCAGCUCCGGGGAGAUGCCUAUAUCCCCGAUUGCAGCAGCCUGGGGGGGCCACCGGCGCAACAGUCAUCCAGUGUCAGGGAUCCGUGGGCAGCGCAGCCCACACAGGGCAACCUGACCUCUGCUCCCAGGGGCCCAGGGAUGCUGGGCUGCCCACUCUGCCCUAAGGCCUUCCCUCUGCAGCGCAUGCUGACGCGGCACCUCAAGUGCCACAGUCCUGUGCGCCGCCACCUGUGCCGCUGUUGUGGCAAGGGCUUUCAUGAUGCCUUCGAUCUCAAGCGCCACAUGAGGACGCACACUGGGAUCCGGCCUUUCCGCUGUAGUGCUUGCGGGAAAGCGUUUACGCAGCGCUGCUCCCUGGAAGCUCACCUUGCUAAGGUGCAUGGGCAGCCAGCUAGCUACGCUUACCGUGAACGCCGCGAGAAGCUGCACGUGUGCGAGGACUGCGGUUUCACCAGCUCCCGGCCGGAGGCCUAUGCACAGCACCGUGCCCUGCAUCGCACAGCCGGAUACCCCAUGCCAGUGCCCUCCCCACGAGGCAAAUAAACACAGGAAACUCGCA